CGGUGCGGAACUGGCCUGGUUCGGUUUCAUGAUCGCGUGUGCUGCUUUGUGGCGGGACUCGUUUGUCAAGUUCGAAUCAUCAAUCGGCAUCCAGUGAAUCAUCUUUAGAUCGAAAAGGGCUGGGGGAACAGUGGGGAAUGGGGAAAUUGCAACCGUUUUUUGUACGUUAAAUCAGCUAAAAAACAACCGCCACAAACGCUUACUCGCAGUGAAGUGAAGGGAAGGGAGAGCGUUGGCCAGCGUGUUAUCAGCGCGGCGCAUCAACUCCAACGGUUUCCGAGUGAUGGUGAAGUGGACAAAGAACGAACGAAAAGGGCAGUCGGCCCAAGUCUGUGAGACGGUGUAGAGAAAGUGAGCAUCGUUUCAUCUGAGUUAGUGAAUCUGCUUAAAAAACAUCAAAGUGACGUCCGGCGUAGACGAUAAGGGACAGUGGACAGUGGGUUCUCGGAACCGAUUCCAAGUCGUCCCGUGUUGGGACGAAAUUGACCGUUAAUCAACCACCGGCAGUGAAAGUGCUAGAAAAACAAAAAAGAAAGAAAGGAAGAAAAUAGCACCGCAUUUCGGGUCCACCUUGCUCGUUGCUCGACUGCGGGAGAAUCGUUGUAAAAUAAAUUCCAGUCGCGUUCCAACCCCGUGAACAAGUGCCCGUGUCAUCGUGUUGCCGGUAGCAACCGUGUCACCGAGUGUGCCCGCACCUUGCGAGCAAUCCCAGCAAACCGUUGUUGUGUGACCCAAGUGUCAAGUGAGCAGCUUAAAAAGGGAUCACCCCACCAAGCACAAACAACCCACCCACGGUCCCUACGGAAAACAAUCUUCUACUUCGGGUUUCCGGGUGGCCGGGGAACGAGUGAGUGAAUCUUCGGCGUGGUGAAAAAGUGUAAAGUGAGCGAGUGAGGAGAUAUUUGUGCAAACACCGGUAGCAAUCCGGGGCCGGAAGGAGCUUCCGCUCGGGCGGAAAUUAGCAAAACCACAGCAGAAACGGUGGCCGAUGACUCGAGUCGCAGCUAGGACAGCCCAUCGGAAGUGCAAAUGCAACACCAUGAACGCAAAUUUGCCGCUUAUUGCAGCGUUUAUCAAUUUUAUCGUCAUUUGUUUCGCAGACACGCUCAGCCCCGAGAUGCAAAUGUACUGGGAAAACCACAUGGUGCAGCCGUACUUCGAUAACACGACCAAGCGCGAAGUGACGGCCAUCGCUGGACAGACCUGCCAGCUGCAUUGCCGUGUAAAGAGCCUCGGCGACCGGGCGGUAUCGUGGAUUCGCAAGCGAGAUCUACACAUACUGACGGUGGGCAUUCUCACCUACACCAACGACCAGCGCUUCCAGUCGCUGCACACCGAUGGCAGCGACGAGUGGACGCUGCGGAUAACGUCCCCCCAGGCCCGGGACUCGGGCGUGUACGAGUGUCAGGUGUCAACCGAGCCGAAGAUCAGUCAAGCAUUCCGCGUGAACGUUGUCGUCUCGAAAGCGAACAUCCUGGGCAACUCGGAACUGUUCGUGAAGAGCGGCAGCGACAUCAACCUGACCUGCGAGGCGCUCCAAUCGCCGCAACCGCCGUCCUUCAUCUACUGGUACAAGGGCGGCCGUGUGAUCAACUACUCACAGCGUGGCGGCAUUAGCGUGCUGACCGAGCAGCAGACCCGCACCAGCCGGCUGGUCAUAUCGCGCGCCUCCCCGUCCGACUCCGGGAAUUAUACCUGCGCGCCGAGUAACUCCGAUUCGGCCAGCGUGGUGGUGCACGUCAUCAAAGGAGAGCAUCCGGCCGCGAUGCAACACGGAAUAAAUGGCGCUAACGUGGCACAUUCAUCAACAUAUAUAGUUAUGGCGAUCAUAUCGGCCUGUUUGCAGCUUCUUCUGCUCGUACGGAGGCCAACGCAGUGGAGGGCGGAGUGGCCGGUCGUGCGAUAGAUAAGCUACGGGAAAUGCGAAACCAUCUACAAAGUAUUCAGUAACAUCAAGCGACAGCCAACCCUCGUCAGGGCUUGCCUCCUCAUUAACCCUCCUCCUACGAUUAGACACCGGGGUGGUGGGUGGUCGGUGGCAGGAGUGUUAGCUCCAAGACGGUCCCCUCCGUGCCAACGAACGAACGAACGAACGAAGGAUGUGUUUGUGUCGGCAUCUCUCUACCGUAACACUGGAAUCCAUCUCUCCAUCCGCAUACGUCAAACGACAGCCCUCUAAGUACACGGAUAACAGGGAAGGAGGGCAGAAGGAAGGAAGGUUCCAAAGCAUCGAAUGAAUGUAUCAACGAACGUGAUGACAAACCACGUUGGGAAAAGCAGCGCGCAAGGGCAGCUGUACUUGCAGGUGAGUCCCCCUUACGAGGACUUCCGGUUGUAGUUGGCGGGAUCUCGUUCGGGUGAAAGCAAAAAAAAAAAAAAGAGCGACCCUAAACACUGUGGCCACAGAGCGUCAUCGAAUCGAGGCGUGGAGAUAACUAAAUUCCACCGUGUCAAAGCUGAGAUAAUAUCCUUCGCGCAAGUAACACACAAACACACCUGCCAUCGCGCAUUCUCUCCAUUGGCUGCAGCUGGGGAGAAGAUCGUGUGUGUGUGUGUGUGUGGGUCCUCGACGAUAGCGCACCUAAGUCUCAGCAGGAGGCAGCAGCACCAGCAGAGAUGAUGAAAGCAUCCUUUUCGCCUGCAGACCUGAUAAAAAGAUAAACAUGAAAAGAAAACAACACCUGAAGAGACGACCCCGUACCUAAGCGCACUGAAUAUGACAUACUGACACUCCGGUUCCGUUGCGUUGUGUCCUUGUUGGUCCUCUGCACCUUUGCGUUGGUAAAAACUCGCCCGACUUCGCAACAUCUUCAAGGACGCCAAAGUCGUCCUUUCAGCGCUGUAUCUAUACUGCCCCCUCGAGCUCCUCGAUCACGUACGUACGUACGAGUGUUGUGGCUGUUGUUUUAUCCCGCUCAUAGCCUACUAGGCGGGGAUUUGCCCGAGAGAGAAGCGCACCGUAUGCACCAUCACCAUCGCAAGUUGACACGAAUUGCGGGAAGAUUUGCUGCCGAGCUUACACACGUGUUGUGGUGCAUGUGUCGCGCAAACGAGACGCAUACGCGCGGUACUUUGUAUGGGAGCUUUGCUGAUUUCACUCGAGACAUUGCCGGUGUGCUGUCGUGUGCCCGUACACUCAACGUGGUUAGGGAUGUUGUGCCCUUUCUAUCAUUCUUUCUUCCUUACACACACACACACAUAGAGACGGACAGACGUUGGAGCUCGAGUCGAAAACUUUAUCAUACACCGUGUAUGACGAAAGCUUUGGGGAGUUCGCCAAAUUCGCCGACGACUUCGAAAAUCCUUCCUGGAGCGGCACCACGCGGUGCGGUACGGUGUGAAAGUUUUCCCACCUAAUGGGUAUUUCGCUUACUCCCCAAUCUCGCUGUGUGUGUGUGUGUGUGUGUGUGGGUAUGAGUAUGGCUGCUAUUCUGCGGGAUAGCUUAACAUAACAUUAACAACACAAAUCCUUCUGCCCAACAACCGGGAGCCCAACACCUUGGGGAGGAAAACGCUUCGAGUGCAGUUUGGUGGGAUAAAAUUGUACAAAGUUAAAAUAAGGAUCGAUAAAUUUAAAUCAAACCCCCGCUAACUUUUUACAUCACUCACACGAGCGAAAGUUGGCCGUUCGGUUCAACCGAGAACGGCGAAAAGCGGGGUGCGUUCUCGCGUGCCCUCCGACUCGCCCAUUCUCUCCCUAUCUACGAUGAAUCAAACCCAGGAGUGCAAAUAUUGUGCUCCCACAUGUGGGUUUUUUUUUCGCCCAGCUCGCCACCUCGUUGAGAGAGAAAGUGCAGGAAAAAUAAGUAAAAUAAAUAACAUCUUUCCAAAUGCUCCCGCUGCCGGCUGGAGGGAAAGCGUUUGAAAUCGGCUUACCUGAGGGCGCAACAACACACCGCGAAUCGGAGAACAGCGCGAAUAAAUCAUGGACAAUGGGCCGAGCGAGCACCAAGACCUCCCCGUCCCCUGUCCCCUAAGCGUAUGUGUUAUUUACCCAACACGGGUAAACGCACCGCGCAAGCAGCUUUCGCGAAAGUCCAUAAUAAAAGUCGUAACAAAAGACGCAAUCGCUCGGAAGUUUUCCCUCGGUACCCAAUACUUGGAGCUAAGGCAAGACCGGCCCAGACCAGGCGCACCUGGAAAAAAGGGUGCCCGGUGGGUUCGGAACUUUCGUCGAAAAACAGAGGGUCGCUCUACAUUCGAAUUCAGCGAAAUUGGUCGCACUGCGGUUGCCGUGAAAAGCGCUUUUCUUCUUCCAACUGGGGAAAGCUCAUUCAAAGAAAGGGUAAGAAAAAAAAGAGAGCGGAAAAUCGGUCACAAAAGGCAGUUUUCACGAAUUGUUCUUUCCCUUUCUUUUUGCCAUCGAGUAAGGGUCCACAUCGAGAGUGACAUUGCUCAUCAUUCAUUAGUUUCUGCCUGUUGUUUGCUGUGGCCAACCUUGCCUCCUCUCCCGCCCCUCUCUUUAUCCCAUCCAUUUCCAAAAAACCACUGUAAAUAACGAUGUAAAUAUCAAAAAAUCCUACACAUGGCACCACAAGCACCCGGUGACACCAUGGAAAGAAGGCCUACUCUGAUCAGAGAAGCAGCAGAGUAGCAAGAAACACGUGUAGUAAGACAGGGCCGCUCAGUCAGCACAGGGCAAAAACGAAACAAAAUACAGUCAAACAGGAAUGCUAUGGCAACCAAAGCGGCCCCCCUCCCCCCUCCACCCCCUUCCGGCUGCGACGGUGGCGUGGCACUUUUAUAUGGUGAAAAAUAUGAAACAUAAUAGUCAAUACUGAGAAAAACGGGGAAAAGCGGGGAAAAAGAAAGAAGAAUUUAACACAGAAGAAACACAAAAAAAAGCAAAUAGCAAAUGAGAUGGAAGUGUGUAAAGUGGGGAAUGUUUUAAGUACUAUUAGGUUGAAUAAAUGAAUAAAAUGAGAAAAUUGAUAAAUACCGUAACGAUCUGGAGUCGGUUUUCGGCGUCGGUUUCAUUACUUCGGUGCACCUUUGCUGCUGCAAACGCUUGUUUCGGAGGAGAUGCUAACCAGAGAAUCCCAGAGAAAAGGAAAGAAAGAAAAGCUCAAGCCCCCGAGAUACGAUGACAAUGGUGACGUGAAGCGCAGCCUCCUUUUCCGACGAUGGAAACGAUGGAAUGUAUGUUUAUUUAUGAAGCUUUAUGAAUUCUCGUUCUACUCAUGCAUAAACAUACAGUUCUGUUUCGUUAUUUUUAUUUUUUUUAUUUUGCGCAAUUCCAUCCCACUACUUGGUACAUUCUCGACGAGUUUCCCGUGACCUACUACUUCCGCUUGAUGUCAAAAGUCCCCUUUAUCCUGGGGGGUGGAGGGGGAGAACCGGGACACGUUUCAUCGUUAUGCCGAUUUCAGGGAUCAUCAAAUCCACUUGUAGAGGAGCAACGGACGGAAGGCCAGCAGCGUGAUGAGCCUUGUUAUCGAUUUAGCCCUAAUGAAGAUCGUCCUUACACUCUUCUCGCGUGUCUGGAUCCUGGAUAAGGUUUUGAAAAUUCUCAAAAUACAUUAUACUGUGCCCAGUGUGCUGGAGUAAUGGUGCUCUUUCUUUCCCUAGCCGCAAAGCUCCUGGUGAAGGCAACUUUGGGCAAUCUUUUCAAGUGCAGUGAAUUGUUUUUGAACGCCUUUGAGAUCGUUGUUGGUCGGAUGGGGUCGGUUGUGAUUACAUUGAAUAUUCAAAUGUCACCCCGUGCGGUGAUUCCUCUUGCUCUGUGGGAGGCAUGCUGCUCAUCAUCCGAAGAUGCAUGGAAAGAGGCACGGAAACAUCUUCAUGUACGAAAGGCUUCAUGCAUCCGCACGUGAUUGGGUGAUGGUGUAAUCUACAAUUUUAAACAAUUUACACACAAUUUACUUUCAUUCGGGGCGAAACAAAGGCCUGUCACUACUUCCGGAGGAAACACAACCACAGUGAGGUGUAGCGAUUUGUAAAUUCCUUCCCACAGAGAACUUUCAGUAGGGUAAGACACGUCCGGGACGGUUCAAUCGUACACAUUGGCCCGAUACUAUUUAUUUAGUCAGCUGCACAGGUAAGCAAAUUGCCGUCGUCGAGCAAUGACGAGACUGUUGGUAAUCAUCGAAAAGCACUACCGUCUGUAGAAUCUAUCGAUCUGCAUGGUUAGUAACGAUUUAACGCGUAAGUUUUAUGUUUUGAAUACACUCGGUUUAUUAACAAACAAAAAUUAAAAGUAGGACGCUGUACCGUCGAGUACCGUCUAUCCGGCUGUCCAUAUAUCCUUGUUAUUGAGAAAUGACACAGAUGACAUUGCAUGCCGAGGAAGAUAUUUGAAAAAAGUAGUAAUUACCUAGAUUUAAAAAAAAAUGUGUAGCAAAUAAACAAAUAGUAAAACGUCGAUUAUACGGGUAGCUUGGGACCGAGCGGUAGCCGGUUAAUCGGUUAAUCAUUAGUAAAACAUUAUUUGAAUCAUUAACUAUAGGUUUAACAAUUGUUCAUGCACACAAAUGAAGCUCAAACCUAUCGCUAGACACUAAAAAGCUGCACACAAAAUAUUAUUUAGCAACUAGACCAACGCUGCAAAUGUUCGCCACGCUUGAAUCAGCUGUCUAAUUUAUGCCCACGGUUAAGCGGCCCGCCGGUUAAUCCUCUUCGUAUAAUCGAUGUUCUACUGUACUUGGACUCACUAUCCAUGUCAUUCGACAAUUCGGAUAAAUGGCGUUCCACUUUAAUAAACAAUAUAAAAACACACAAAAAAUUAGGACUAUGCCCCGCACACGAAACGCACCGUAAGCCCUACACAGCCUGAUUCACACUAAUUCCUUUUGUGCGCUCUGCACAAACUCACAACACAAAGCGCGUGUCGCUAGCCUGUGCGUCGUAGUGUGCGUGAACGCAACGUCCAGCGAUCGAGCGCAACUGCUACGACGAGUUCAGGGCUCGGCACGCCUGUCCACAACAGCGAUGAUUAAAGAAAUAGCUGCAAGUGAUCUUCGCUGUGUUUCUAUACUUUGAUCAGCAUUGAGCAUUAAAUAAAAGAAAAGCAUCAUCUUGGAGUUGAAAUUGUACUGAAAUCUUGAGCAACAAAAUUAAAAAAAAAACUAUGAAACGAUGGCAUCAAACUUUUCCAAGCAUUUCAAGGAAAGAAAAUACGUUGCUUUAAUGCAACUGUACAACAAAUGAGAUGACAAGAGCGAUACUUCGAAUCGUUUGGUUUUAACCCAAUGUGUACAAUUCUAACCUUGCCACGUGUAACUUCCUAAUCAGCUUGACCCACUCAGACCCCACCCCCCUUCAUUCCGUAUUAUUACUGAUAGUAGAAUGUAGGCCAACAAUAUAAACUUUGCUGUCAAGUCAAAAUGUCAAGUCUAACUACAAUAUGUUGAUAUAGUUGUGUUUUCUAUACUAGUACAAUUUUUAUUUUAACCACUUUUUUUUCGCAUACGGAAAUAUGAUGAUAACCAACAUCCGCCGCUUUGGACAUCGUGGCUAUCAAAAAAAUUCUCUUAAUUUGAUAACGCUCGCUCGCUAUGAAUGCUUGCUAUGACGACAUUUCGAAAUUGCCUGCAUUCUGAGCUGUUCUAGGAAAGAUGAGUCGCUCAUUAUUGAUAAACUGUCAUUACUCAUAUUUUAUAUGAUUUACGGAUUCAAAACAAAUAGUUGAGCGUUACACUGAUUGCCAUCCAUCAAUUAUGACUUUUUCUGGCUAUAUUUCAUAUAACUUAAAUAACCGUAUUGAGUGUAUAUAACAGGUGUGCUUAUUGUGGUCUUCCUCACUAAUACACCGACACAAGAUUUGGCAAUUUGUUGCAUAACCAAAUCUAGUGUGCCUUGAAAAUAAAACGGUGUCUCGCAGAAAUGGUAGAUGGCGUUGCUCUGAAGAAGUAAGAAGAAAGAAGCCUACAACUUAAUUGACGUCCAGUUAUAGCAUUAAUAUGCACUUGAUGGCAUGACGUGUGUUUACAAUUUUAUUUUACGAAAGCACAACAACUCUGAUAGACUGUAAACAUCCCCUCUUUGUAUAAUAGUGAUAACACGUUGAUCUCAUUAAAAAAUCCCAGUCAACAUUCCUUCAUUAUUCGGAUUUCUGCUGAUAGAGCAAUGGAGCCAAUGAAGCUCCCCUCAGAUGAAGGUUAUGUAUUAUCAGCUCGUUUUUUCUUUUUCUUUGACUCAUUAAACUUUAUAUUGAAAAUAAAUCCUAAAAAUCAGUAACAGUUCAAAACACACGUGUAUGCAUUCAUACAUAUUUAAUAGGAUGAAUACGACAUCUUUGAAUGCUGUGUAUAUCCUGCUUCGGCAUAGUGACAUUUUCCCUCUGUCUUGAAACAAAUAAACUCUCUGGUUUAUUGCCAGUAACUGCAGCACCAUCGCUUUAUGUCUAGUAGUAUUAAUGUAUAUUAAUUUCACUUUAUUAUUUAAACCACUUCCCAUCCCCAUCCCACACGGUGUUAUCAUUUCACUGAACCUACACGUUUAUUCUGCUUCACAUGAGCUUCACUUGCCUGCUGGUCCCAGUUUGAUAAUCGAACGUUGAAUUUGGCAGACAAAACAAUGCCAUACGUUUCUCAACGACUCGAAUAAAUCUUCACCAUAUUACAUACACAGGAUUGUAGCAUUUUUCGUUUCGAAGGAAAUUUCGUCGGAAAUCGUUCAUCAUCUUAUUUGAUACUUACUUAUACUUACUUACAAACCAUAAGUGAGGCCAACCGACUAUGUAUGACAAAGGUAUGUAUUGGACGAAUUCUCCAAGACGAGUGCCACAGUUCCUGCAACGACGCAAUACAAACAAAUAAACGGAUUGCCUUACAUCGUUAAACACGCACUACGGACACGCGUACUGGACUAUUCAAGUGGAUGAUGCAAACACUCUGAGCACACUAGUGAUGGGCGUUUCGGAGCGCAUCAACGGCUGCGGAGCCUUCUCCGCACCCACGGCUCCGCUUCAACGGCUCCGGACUAACGGUUCAAUAGAGACGUAUGAUAGCGUAAAAAACGAAUAAAUCUUCUCGCAAGUAUGGAAGCUUAUUUCAAAGAAGUUCAGAACUUAUCUUUUUUUUUUAAUUAAUUCCUUUUAACAUGAAAUACUCGGUUAUUUACGGAUUUGUCUCGAUUGAAACCGCUUUGAAAAGGUUUUGUUUAUGGUCCACUGUGUUGAAACCAGCUCUGGAGCCGUGGGUGCAACCGAAACUCCUCAAAUAGUUUCGAUUUUGUUCAUAAUUUGUAAAACCUGCAUUACAUAUUGAGCCACUUGUUAUGUAAAAUAGAAUAUUCGCGUUUUAAGGCGGCAUAUUCUACUAGACAAUAUCUGUUAAACCACCCAGCUCCGGAGCCGUUGGUUCGGAGCCGUUGGUUGCGGAGCCGCCUCCGGAGCCGCUUAGCCCAUCACUAGAGCAAACACUGGGAUCAUAUGGGAAAAGAUUCCGAGAGUUUUCCGAUCGCUUUGCGCAGCAGGCUGGCUGAGAUGAACGAGCUUAUCUCUAUAGCGUUAGUUUGUCUCAAACUCUUGUGCGACAAUGUUGUGUGGGAAAACACCAACAGUGCCAUACAACAAUUGUUCAAAGCCAAAAAUAAAACGGAGAAAAAGGAAAAAAAAACAAAACCUAAAAAAGUGCUCAUCAGUGUUUCUUUUGCUAAUCAUACAUUAAGAAAGAGAUAAUAAACAUAAAAAACCGGAAGUCGUCAUCAUUUAAUUACUCUCACUGCUUGGUUCUCACGUAGCUGCGUUAAACAUAUAAUUUAGAAAGUGCGAAAAAAACAGAUUAAGUGUUAAAGCAUACUGUAAAAAUGCUGUACAACAUAAAUGAAGAGGAUACUGCUCGUAUCAAGAAUGAUCUGCUUAAUAGUUUUCGAUUAAAAAGAUUAGCUGAAUUCACACAAAUCAUAAAUCGAACAAAAAAUUCUGCACUAAAACAAGCCAUCGUACAAUCUGUGUUUGAGACUGUUUUGACACAGCCAAACAGUAAAACAUAUCUACAAGCAUGUCUAGCUCAUGGAGCUCGGGUUAAUAAGAAAUCCGGCCGAGGGGAGUACCCGAUACAUCAAGCAGCAAAGUCACGAGACAUCAACAAUUUGAUGCUACUUUUAUUACGGCACGAAGUCAACGUUAAUCAACUGUCCGAUGAUGGCAAUAGCGCAAUUGAUUUUAUAUGUCCAUCACACGCCCAUACCUUCGCCAAAAGUAUUGAAUGCAUAAAUCUGUUACUCAAACACGGGGCCACUAUAGAUACAGCUAACCUAGCGAAACGUUUGGCAAAGUUGAAGCAGGAAACCGAGAUCCUGGCUGAAUUUAUGCAAGGAAUUGAACCCUUCGUAACGGUGACUGCAACUGGCUUACCUGAGACUGAGACUGAGACUGUGGAUAACCACAUGUUAUUGGAGAAUGCCAUCACCUGUGGGAACUUGGAGAGGGCUAAACAAAUCAUUGAAUCGCACGCAAGCCCACAAACCUCACCAUACAUAUCCAAGAAAAUACUUACCAUUUGUUUUGAACGCGGAUGCUUUGAAAUGUUGGAAUAUAUAUUCCAAAUACUUCCAGCGGCUGGAAUAGAGUCCCGGAUAACCAAGAAGACAUGGCUGUCGUUUUUGGUACAGCGUGUAACUGGAUCGGAUCCCGAGUGUCGGUUUUUCAAAUGCUUGAAGCUAUGCCUGACCUAUCCUCAAUUCGACAUCGACGAAAGAGAUGGUUGGGAUUAUACUGCUUUGCACUAUGCGGCCACCUUGAAACUGAAGCACUUGCAGGAGCUGCUCCUUCAGAAAGGUGCAUACAUAGGUGGAAGGGACAUAUUUGGCGUUUACACGAUUAGCCAAAUUGACCCACUGGUGCUGGUGCGACACUUUGAUUCCUGUGUGUACACUAGCCCCAGGAUAGCGGAUGAGCAUGGUGCAAACUCACCUAUUGUUUACGUCAUGUUGAACAACUUUGCUCCCCCCAAGCACGAGGAAAACAAUGCGAGUCCUAAAAGCAAAUCAAAUGUAGAUGUAUCGUAUAAAAGCAUGCGACCUGCAUUGAUGGAGUUCACCAAUGUGUCCAAAUUGUCCAGGUUAAAUGAAAAAGAAAAAAAAGCUCGACAGCAGCUCCUUGAACAUCCAGUAAUUGCUACUUUUCUUUACAUUCGUGAGCCACCACCGACUACAGUGGGAUUGUUGUUGAGAUUUAUCAGAUUAGUACCGGCUAUCUUAUUGUUUGUACCCUGGGACAGCCGGUGGUUUAUCUGGUGCGAAUCGGUUCUGCUCAUUUGUCUCUUUAUAUUCGAAGUCAUCCUGAAUGCUAGUUACAUCACGCACUUUUUUGAUAAACGCAUAAAAAACAAAUUUCAAUCGGUGCCUAAUCCAACAAUCCUCUUCACCAUGCUGGUGGAGAUAGUUUUGAUAGCGUGUUUGAUAUAUUUCACAUUUUUGGAAUACAGCAAGGUCUAUCAGCUGAGAUGUUGCAUCCUGCUUGCAGGAUUCGCUACUAAACGAUUCAUUGCCAGCUGGGACUGUUUAGCUGAGAAAAUCCACACACUAGACAUAGUUGUUACGAAGGUUAUAUGCAACUUUAUUAUAUGUUCGUUUAUAUUUGGAAUAUUUGUGCUCUCCUUUUGCGUGCACGACUCAAACUUUGGGCAAACGUUUGUACCGUCGAAUAACACUGCUAGCUCGACUAAUACGACCAUUGAGUCAAUAUCCAAAACCGCAAAAUUGAUUGAUCAACUGGCGAUGUUUGAUGGAAAGAUAAUUGUGUUGGAUAAGAAAAUGGACUUGGCAUUUUAUGGAGUUGGUUUUGUAAGUUUUCUUAUUUUAAUGCCAAUUGCUUUGGCGAACAUAAUAACUGCUUUAGCAAUUACAGAUGUUUCGGAACUCACCGCCCGAUCGAGGUGUGUAAAAAUCGCUCUCAGGAUUAGCAACGCUUUUGUGCCAGAGCAUCCGGCCGUUGAGCUAUGGAGAGGAAUGUCAAAAUAUAUGGAAGAACAGUCGAGGAGCUCUCUGCUGAGUUGGUGGCGGUCAAAUAGAGCAGUGAACACUAUCAGUAGUAAUUCUUCAAAAGCUAAACUGUGUUUCUCGCUCAGCAACCGCAAUAAUGUCCAAUACAUUGCAAUGUACACUGCACGAAACCAUGAAAUAGAACUUCACAGAGUAAACGACGAAGCCGAGAAGCCGGAAAUUUUAUGGAAAGCAGACGACAAAUUUACCAAAUUAUUAAUAGAUGCUGCAUUUGCUGAUGAAUUCACAUGAGGAUUGUUUUUUUUGUUGUGCUGGUUGAUAGAAAACAGUUCAGUUAAACUACAAGCAAAGUUUGUAGUUCACAGUUCAGUGUCUGACCUGUACGGAUAUGUUUGUGAUAAGUACGAUAGACUUUAUUUAAAAAAAACACCAAGGAAGAAACAACCCGGUUGAACAAAUUCCUAAAUCUUCUUCUUCAUUGGCUCAACAACCGAUGUCGGUCAAGGCCUGCCUGUACCCACUUGUGGGCUUGGCUUUCAGUGACUAAUUGAUUGCCCCCCCCCCCCCCCCCAUAGCAGGAUAGUCAGUCCUACGUAUGGCGGCGCGGUCUAUUUGGGGAUUGAACCCAUGACGGGUAUAUUGUUAAGUCGUACGAGUUGACGACUGUACUACGAGACCGAAAUUCCUUAAUAUUGAAGUAUUAUCUAGAAGUAAGGGAACUCUACUUAGUCUAGGAUAGUAUAUAGCAUAGUCAUAAUAAUCUACGUAAGUAAUAAGUGUGCCGGGCCCGACGGCCAAGCUGACCGCGACCCGUUGUGUAGCGCUUUAAAACCGUCUGCUACCACGGAACAGUACCGGGUAAAGGAGUUCGGGAGCGUCGAAAAUUGUUUUAUAAAUAAAAAACGUUUCAAACAUAA